GGUACGCAGUGUAAAGAAGUCGUGUUGCUUUCAGAUAUUGCGGUAGAUAAUGGGCUUCUUUGCUUCUUCGGCUAAGCUUUUCUCUCAGACACAUGCAUUCAGAUGGGACGUACCCUAGUUCUUUUGCGACGGUGUGCAAGGAAUACUACUGCGAACCACUAUUUCAACGGACCGUGAUAGAUGUGAACCCUAGAUUCUGCUGCAGCCACCAGCAGCCACCCGAGGUCCAAAUGGGUGCAUUGCAAUUGGCUGAAGUCCUUGCUCUGCUUCUGACCUGGAUAGGUCGAAAUCUGGGAAUGGGUCGCGAGGUGACCCAUAAAUACCAGACUGAUCUUCGGUGGUUCCAGGAUAUCUCUGCUGCUGUCAACCUUCAUCAUUCCCAGGAGCUUUCUUCCUGGCACACAUACUUAUCUUCUGCAUUCUCUAAAUAUUGCCCUGCAGGUGGAAAUCACCUAUCGUCGGAAUGCCCAGUUCUAUCGUCAAGAGAAAACUCGUGCAUUCGAGACUGGCUUCUGAUUCUACUGCUUUGGAUAGUUCUAUAUCGGUUGCGUCUAAAUUCAAGUUCAGCCCGGGGCACGGUGACCAUCCCAAUCUUAGAUCAAUGAUCACCGUGAGUGCUGCACCGAAACUUAAACUAGUGUUUACACAGGGCCUGACAUGGAUUGGGCCUGCACUCUCAUCAAUAUGUUCAGUUUCCGCACAUCACAGUACUACAGUAGUGGAUACCAAACUCUUACGGUAGCAUUUUCAAG